CAUUUAUCCAUUCCAGUGGCGUGACGGUGUAAAGUGCUUCUCGUCCGCCCUCCUCCGCGACCAUCCACUCCGUGAAAUCCUCUUCCACCUGACCGGACGAGCAAAUGAUGGCAUCACUGGCACCACCAUCAAAUCCCUCACGAAACUUGGUCACCAACCCAAGAACCAAAGCACCAUUCCAAAUAGCCAAAACCCACCCCAUAUCAGACCUACUCCUCCCUUUCAGAUCCAUACACACACAGCUAAAGCUAUCUACCGGCACUACAAGUGAGAAAAGAUUGACAACAGCACAAGCAGUGAGCGAGAGAGUUGAAGAGGGAACAACAAUGGCACAGGGAGGAGAGAAUGUGAAGCUUUUGGGGGCGUGGGCAAGCCCGUUUGUUAUUCGGACAAGGAUCGCCCUGAAUCUAAAGGGAGUAGAUUACGAGUUCUUGGAGGAGGUGUUUGGGGUGAAGAGUGAGCUGCUGCUCGAGUCCAACCCUGUGUACAAGAAAAUUCCAGUACUGAUCCAUGACGGCAAGCCCGUCUGUGAGUCCAUGAUCAUCGUUCAGUACAUCGACGAGGUCUGGGCCACCAAGGCCCCCGCCAUCCUUCCCGCCGACCCCUACGACCGCGCCCUCCACCGCUUCUGGGCCUACUAUGUCGACGACAAG